AUGAAGCCGGUUUUAUCUGUUGUUCCUCUUCUCCAUGCAUCUUGGGCAUUUUCGUCGCAUCCUUACUCCUUUCCCUCUGUCUGUCUUGUUUGUCCAUUUCCAUUUCUUCGCAACCCUCAAUGCAUUUUCGCCUCUGUAUAUACUACAACUUCCUUCCUGUAA